AUGAACACAACAGCAACUGGAUCAAGUUCCUGGAGCUGCUUCAGUCUGAUAAAUCACGAAGCAGGAAAAAUUGGAGCAACAGUUGCUUACAGUUUUAUCCUUGUCGUUUCGCUGGUUGGAAAUUUUCUCAUCGUAUUAAUUGUUUACAAAACACCAACAUUGAGAAAACCGACAAAUAUGUUGAUCGCAAACAUGGCCAUGUCCGACCUGCUCUAUCCAAUAUUCACGUUCCCUGUUCUUGUGGUAAAGAUACACUUUGGCUCGUGGCUUAUUAGUGGUUUCUUUGGUCAGGCCUUGUGCAAGAUACAGAUUUUUCUUGCAGUCGUUUCCUUGUUAGUGUCUAUUCAGAGCCUUGUUCUGAUAACAGUGGAUCGCUUUGUAGCUGUUGUAGUUCCACUUCGUUCCCCUCUGAUAACUAGCAAGAAACGUCCACUCUUCAUUGUCGCUACGUGGACUGUCGCGAUGGCCGUUCAAUUGCUAUAUUUUGUUGCUGUUAAACAUGUUCAUUAUCCUGAGGGAAUCAUGUGCGAAAGUCAGAAGGCAGAAACCUUCGAAGAAGACACACAUGCAAAUUACCUCGUGGUAGGCGCAAUCGUGCUUUUCUACACCCCCUUCGUCCUGUUGGUGAUACUUUACUCCAUCAUCAUGAUCAAACUUAAAAAACAAGCCCAUCCAGGUGAACAGUCAGCCAACGCCGAGAAACAGAGGACAAGAAGAAACAGAAAAGUGCUCAAGAUGGCUAUUGCUAUCGUUGUAGUGUUUUUCAUUUGCUGGGUACCCUUUUUCAGUAACCUUUUAAUAAUGUAUUUUUUCUCGGACAGUUCCAUUUGGUCGUACUGUAGUUUUAAAGUAUAUUAUUUUGUCACCUACUUAAUGUGUAGAGGAAACUGUGCUGUCAACCCGAUUAUCUGCCUCACUUUUAGCAGUAAGUACCGCAAUGGUCUUAAGAGACUUGUUACUUGUCAAAGUAGUGCAUUACAAGGUUAA